GCCAUGACGACGUGACAGCACCUUUCAAGUGGGCGACUGACCUCUCUUGAGUUUGGCGUCUGUCUUCAAGACAGGAUGAUGCUGAAUGACAGCUGGACCGUCAUGAACAACAGCAGUUCUGAGCUGGACAGCAAACGGCCAAGCAAACACAAGAAAUGCUGCAACUUCCUGUUAUGUGCCGCCAUUGUGGUUGCCAUGGUAGCGGUCAUCACGGCAACAGUCGCCAUCCUCUAUGUCAACCAGUAUCCUCUGCCCUUCAUCAACAGCAACAGGGGCGGGGUCUCCUCCGCGUCACCUGUCAUUUCCACCAACCCCAAAGACUCGGGGGCCUUGGUGACCGUGUCGCGCGUGGGAGACGGCGAGCCCGUCAGCAUCUUCCUGGAGCCCAACUGUCCGGACAACAGCCAGAACUUUGAGCGCUGGGAGGCGCUGCAGAGCUCGCUGAUACGAGCGCUGACCUCCCGCAACGCCGACGACUGGCAGGAGAGAGGCUCCGCCCACAAAGUGAGCGAGGAGCUGAAGGCCUUGGCGGGCCACGCCCACAACCUCCGGCUGGAAGCCGAGGCGCUGAAAAGAGGUCAGGGCCUGGUCAACCAGCGACUGGACGCCCUGCAGAGCGAGCAGAGCCGCAUCGUGCAGGUGCUGUCGGAGGAGAAGUCGGGCGUGCUCAGCCUCACCGCGGACUUCAGCAACUCUCUCUCCAGCCUGCAGAGGGAAACUCAGAGUCUGAGCAGACUGCAGGCUCUCACGCCCAGAGACUGCGCUGACGUCAUGGCGGCGGGAAAUUCCCAGGAUGGCGUUUAUUCCGUCUUUCCGGUCCACAAGCCCGACGGCUUCAUGGUCUACUGCGACAUGAGCACGGACGCAGGCGGCUGGACUGUGAUCCAGAGACGAGUCGACGGGUCAGUGAAUUUCUUUCGAGGUUGGGACGCAUAUCGAGACGGCUUUGGUACAACUACAGGGGAGCACUGGCUCGGCCUCCAGAACAUCUACGCUCUGACCAGGUCAGGAGGUUACGAGCUGCGUAUCGACAUGGCCGACUUUGACAACGCCACAGCCUUCGCUCAAUACGCCGAAUUCUCUGUGGGUCGAGACUCGGUCAACCCUGAAGAGGACGGAUACCCGCUGACUGUGGACCAGUACUCCGGGACGGCAGGCGACUCUCUGCUGAAGCAUUCUGGGAUGCAGUUCACGACCAAAGACCGGGACCAGGACCAGUCGGAGAACAACUGCGCCGCGUACUACCAGGGGGCGUGGUGGUACCGCAACUGUCAUACAUCCAACCUGAACGGGCAGUACCUGAAAGGGGGCCACGCCUCUUACGCCGACGGCGUGGAGUGGUCCAGUUGGACCGGCUGGCAGUACUCUCUGAGGUUCACUGAGAUGAAGAUCCGCCCCAAACCUAAAAGUGACUUCUGAUUGUCCUUCAUUAACGAACCCAUCCCAUUCCUGGGGGGAGCAUUCCAUUCAGAAUACAGUCUCCAUUCAACAUUUGGUGUAAUUACAAGUGGGGCAAAAAAGUAUUUAGUCAGCCAUCAAUUGUGCAAGUUCUCCCACUUAAAAUGAUGACAGAGGUCUGUAAUUUUCAUCAUAGGUACACUUCAACUGUGAGAGACAGAAUGUGAAAAAAAAAUCCAGGAAUUCACAUUGUAGGAAUUUUAAAGAAUUUAUUUGUAAAUUAUGGUGGAAAAUAAGUAUUUGGUCAAUAACAAAAAUUCAACUCAAUACUUUGUUAUUGCCAACAAAGGUUAUAUUACAGAGGUCAAACGAUUACUAUAGGUCUUUACCAGGUUUGCACACACAGUAGCUAGUAUUUUGGCCCAUUCCUCCAUGCAGAUCUUCUCGAGAGCAGUGAUGUUUUGGGGCUGUCGCCGAGCAACACGGACUUUCAACUCCCUCCACAGAUUUUCUAUGGGGUUGAGGUCUGGAGACUGGCUAGGCCACUCCAGGACUUUCAAAUGCUUCUUACGGAGCCACUCCUUCGUUGCCCGGGCGGUGUGUUUGGGAUCAUUGUCAUGCUGGAAGACCCAGCCACGUUUCAUCUUCAAAGCUCUCACUGAUGGAAGGAGGUUUUGGCUCAAAAUCUCACGAUACAUGGCCCCAUUCAUUCUUUCCUUAACACGGAUCAGUCGGCCUGUCCCCUUAGCAGAAAAACAGCCCCAAAGCAGGAUGUUUCCACCCCCAUGCUUCACAGUAGGUAUGGUGUUCUUGGGAUGUAACUCAGUAUUCUUCUUCCUCCAAACACGACGAGUUGAGUUUAUACCAAAAAGUUCUAUUUUGGUUUCAUCUGACCACAUGACAUUCUCCCAAUCCUCUGCUGUAUCAUCCAUGUGCUCUGUGGCAAACUUCAGACGGGCCUGGACAUGCACUGGCUUAAGCAGGGGGACACGUCUGGCACUGCAGGAUUUGAUUCCCUGUCGGCGUAGUGUGUUACUGAUGGUAACCUUUGUUACUUUGGUCCCAGCUCUCUGCAGGUCAUUCACCAGGUCCCCCCGUGUGGUUCUGGGAUUUUUGCUCACCGUUCUCAUGAUCAUUUUGAACCCACAGGAUGAGAUCUUGCGUGGAGCCCCAGAUCAAAGGAGAUUAUCGGUGGUCUUGUAUGUCUUUCAUUUUCUGAUAAUUGCUCCCACAGUUGAUUUUUUCACACCAAGCUGCUUGCCUAUUGUAGAUUCACUCUUCACAGUCUGGUGCAGGUCUACAAUUCUUUUCCUGGUGUCCUUCGACAGCUCUUUGGUCUUGGCCAUAGUGGAGUUUGGAGUCUGACUGUUUGAGGCUGUGGACAGGUGUCUUUUAUACAGAUAAGGAGUUCAAACAGGUGCCAUUAAUACAGGUAACGAGUGGAGGACAGAAGAGCUUCUUAAAGAAGAAGUUACAGGUCUGUGAGAGCCAGAGAUCUUCCUUGUUUGAAGUGACCAAAUACUUAUUUUCCACCAUGAUUUACAAAUAAAUUCUUUAAAAUUCCUACAA